AUGCAUCACGAUCGUUCUUUUACUCAUAUAGAAUAUCUUAGUUGUCAACAUGAUGUCGAUUUAAAUAUACCUGAACUUUUAAAUAAUAUACCGACAACAAUAUCAAAUAUAGUUAUUGGUCAUCCUUAUAAAGCAACACCUUCUCAUUUUCACCAUUUCGUUACACCGGAUUGGCUUGAACAAAAUACACGAUUACGUAAUUUUUCAUAUUACUGCAAUGAAUGUAAUGCUGUAAGUCUGUGGCUCUAG